AUGUUGCUGUCUAUCAAGGCUGUAGUCCUUCCCCUCGAAAUUGUGGAUGAGAUCUUCGGCUUGGCUGUGCAGCCCUGCUAUGGACCGAAGACGCAAUCGGCUAUUGCACUCACGUCCUGCCGGGGCCGUAUGCUCGCUAACAAGGCCAGGUUCUCGACAGUGUAUUUGGGGAGAUAUGGUAUGUCAUCGUGGCGGCAGAGCAAGAGCGGUACGGACACGACAAUGCGGUACCUCCAGAAGCGGGUGUCGGCAUUUGCCGAGCUGAUUAGGGCGGGAGAUGCGCUGAUUGAGGUGGUGAGGACGGGCGUUGUGGAUUCAGAGCUUGAUUGGGUAUUGCAAAGCGCUGAUUUCAAGUUUGUGCGUGCGAAGUUGUGGAGGGUGCCGACAAGGGAUUCGUCUUCUGGCCCUGGAAAUGGUAACCGUGACACUGCUACGCCUGUUGGUCUCGGAGGAUGUGCGUUUACUUUGAGCUUUUGGUAUAUGGACACCCCUUCCGCUGUGGCGUUUCAAUCAAUCAAGCAGUUUAUUCAUUCCUUGCAGCUUGACACUAUAUCUCUGUAUAAUGUCUGCGGGCUGCAGAAGGGCGUGCUUGCGCGGAGCAAUAUCAAGCACCUUGUGUUGUACAGGGCGGAUGUGUCGUUGGCAAAGCCAAGGUCAGUUGGAGGUUCGGGCGGUAUACGGGCACCUGCAUUGGAUUGUGACGAUGAAGAAAGGAAGAUUGGGGUGUGUCGGUUGGAGUCCCUGGAAACUGACAUGCAUAUUACAAUGGCGGAGCAUGCUGCGCUAUUCCACUCCGGUGCUGGUGCUGGACACGGUCUAUCAAGAGCCUUUGUGUUUCCGCGUCUUAGGAAGCUGAGACUGCAUGAUCUGUGGACCCCCACUCAAAUAUUCAUUAGAAGGGCAAACGAGAUGCUGUUGAAUACACCGGUCCUCGAAGAGCUGGCCCUUUUGUACUUGCCAGCUUUGGAGCGUAAUGAGUUGCCUCCAAUAGAGACUUUUGAGAGUCUCUGUGCGGGCGACCCUCCCCCGAGCUUGAGUGAGAUUAUUUUAGAGUCUGCGAUAGAUCUGCGCAAUGGACUCGCACAUGGCGUCAGAGCAGGGGUACGGUAUAUGAAGAUGCUCAAGCUAGAUAAACUAGCCGUGUUUCUGCGCCAACCUGGGUAUAAACGAGUGGAAAAGGUCGUUGUGAGACUUGGUAUAGCGAUGAAUGUAUACCAACCGGAGAAAGAAGAUUUGGUCGAGGGCUCUGUGAUCUCGUUGAGGGAUACCGUGAGGGAUGCGAUGGGCCGCCAGUUGGAGAGAAAAGUCCGGCACCUGGAUGUGAAUGUUCAUUUGGAGUUUUAUGAUCAGUGGCUUUAUCCCAAAGAGGCAGCGGGAGUUGACUUUGAACGUUUUAAUGUUUAG